UCGAUGUCACCAGAAAGCGAGAAACCACAACGUACUGGCUCGAUGGGCAGUUUGAAGAGUCUUGUUUCGUCACUGCGGAAAGUCAGUACGUCUGGCAGCCAAAAGAGUGACGGUCCUUCGAAACAACUUCUUCCGGACGAGCUUCCACAUACACGAGAAGGACUUGAAGCACGACUCAACUACCACCUUGGAGAACUCGACCGUCUCCGGAAAUUAGUGUAUCAGCGCAAUGAUGAGAUCAAAGAGAUAUCAUAUCGCCUACAGAUUCAUCAGCGUACACGAGAAGAAGUUCCGCGUUCACUUCAGAAGCUUAAGGAGCUCCUUGACAAUGUUCGUCAGCAGCGCAACAGCUAUGCACAUUUUGUUGACUAUCACCGCGGCGAGAUCAGGAGGAUUGGACAGCGGCGAGAGGAAUUGGACCUCAGUCAAGGUAUUCAGCCAGCAACCAAAGAUAUGUACAAGGCAUUUGAACGAGAAGCGGAAUGGGUCCAGCUAUUUUCGGUCUAG